AUGAGCUCGCCUCAGAAGAAGACCGCCGCUGAAGCAGAGGGGAAUACCUCCGCCGGGAUAGAGACUCUCUAUAUCCCCGAGUACCUAGAGCGUCACAAAGCAAAGCGUGACGCUCUUGCUACCAAGGCUGCGGCGGGGACAACUCAACCGGAGAUUGUCCUCGAAGGUUCCUCUGUAGUCAACGACGCCGUUGACUUCGAGGACGGCGUCGUGGAGAUGGAAGAAGGCGAGGCCUCUUCUAGCAAGCGCAAGGAGUCUAUCGACAGCGAUAGUCUCGACCCGCAUGCCGGGUCGAGACGCGCUAGUGAAGGAGACGACUCGGACGCUCCGAGCUCGAAGCGUUCGCGCGGCGAGAAAGAAACUCCGCUCUCUGCUGCUGGGGCUUUAAGCUCCCCGUGUGAGGUGGCGACUUCAAGCUCUCCGCGCGCUGCCAAGGCAGCGAACGAUCCGUGGAUGCCGUCUGCGUCAGAGAUCGCAGACCGUGUUGGCAACACUAUGCCUCCAAACGAAAUCCCGCUGUACGUAUGCAGCGGGAUCCACGACGAUGCUGUUGCGGAGGAGCAGCACUUUGAUCCGUUAACGAAUCAAAGGCGCGAUUAUUAUAUCGGGCUCUUCCACGAGCUCCGAUACUUCUCCAGCAAGAAAACUUCUUCUCGCAGCAAAGUGCCUGAGUGGCAGGCACUUUGUCAAAGUUGGAACGCUUUUGUUGAGAACUUCAACAAGAAACCGGCUGCUUACCGCGAGCGGGUUAAGCAUGCCCGUGAACGCUUCGAGACAUUCUCGACGCACGGGCGGCUGGAGCAGCUCCACAGAUCCUCUGUGGACGCUGGUAUUCCGUGCGCUGUGCCCGAAGGCCAACAGUGCACGUUGUGUCUUCCGGGUGCGGUGCGCUUGAGCGACCGCGACCUAAACGGGUACACGACGAUUCGUGUACCUGCGAGCAUCAAGGAGCUCCGUGCCAACGUGUUGAGCCGCGGGCGUCGCGGAUCGGAGGCGGCGGUGGUGGGAACACGUCACGGGUAUGGUCAACCUGGGGUUGACCUUGGUCCGACGCUCGAGGAUCGGGUCGCUGCAGUGGAGCAGCAUCAGAGCCGGGAGUUCGCCGCUCUGAAGCAGGAGGUGGCGAUCCUGAGGGCUCAAGUCGCUCAGGGCUCGCAGACCGCGUCGGACAUCUCUGUCGACGUGGGAGGUCGCGUCGUGCGCUUGGCCCAGCGCGUUCACGCGCUGGAGCAGAGGUUCGCUCCCGCCGGGGCUUCCGCUUCGGGCCAGCCGAGCUAG